CGGUCAUCCCUCUCGCAUCCUUUUCAUUUCUUCGGUGCCGGACACCUUUCCUGUUUCUUAACGAUCCCAACUUCAAUCUAAGUCUCAAACUACCUUACGAUUAACACGAUGCACGCCUACUCGUACAUUCUUUUCCUUGGCCUUGCUGCCUGCCAGUCGGUUCUUGCUGCGCCAUUUGGCUACAGUGACUACGACAGCCUCUUUGCUCGUGCAGACCGCCCUGAACUCUACCGGAGCGGAAACGCAGGUGGACCGAAGUUCGACAACAUUCGCCCCAAUGACAUCAAGCCGGUGGAUGGGAAAUACAUGCCUGGUACUGGCGGUAUUUCGACGUUCUCUAAUCUUGGUCCGCUGAAGGGCCAGAAGCACAUCUGGGCCCUUCCAGCGUCGGCGGACUUGGGUCCUCACCUCAAGGCUGUCAAUGACCACGACAAGCAUUGGUCUAUUCAGCCUUCGACCGAGAUCACCGAGGACGAGUACAAGUCGGCCUUGACUGCCCUCAACAGCAAGGUGCAGAAGUAUGUCCCGCCGAAGAGGCGUCAGUAUUCGGAUCUCGAGGCCCGCGAGUACAUGGACUACUUGUUUGCGCGCGCUUCGCGACCUGACUUGUAUCGCGGUGGCAACGCCGGCGGUCCGCAGUUCGACAAAGUCCGCGAUUCGGAUGUCACCCUCCAGGACGGCAAGCUUAAGCCUGGAUUUGGUGGUGUUUCGACGUCUGCAAGUCUCAGCUCGCUCAAGAACCAGAAGCACAUCUACAAGCUCCCUGCGUCUGCCAGUGUCCCUUCUAGCUUGAAGGUGUUCAACGACCACGGCUCCCACUGGUUGAUUGAGCCUGCUAGUGAGAUGACAAUCGAUCAAUUCAAAUCCGAGCUUGCUUCGUUGAACAGCAAGGUUGAGAAGGUGGCGCUGCCGAAGAAGUCUCGCCGUGCAAUCUACGAUGACUUCGAGGCGCGCGAGUACCUCGCAGCCCGCGACUGGGAUAUGUACUAAGCGUGACGACUCGUUUCAUUUUGGGAAAACAGGAUUGGUGUAUUCUACAGCAUGUAAUUUCCUUACGACAACAUCGAUGACAUGAUUUGGAUGCGA